AUGAUUUGUAAAAGCAAGCAUUUUCUAUUUAACACCGACUAUAAAUUAUAUCUCAGUUAAAAAUAAGUUAUUAUUGGAAAGGUAAAUGUUUAAUUAAAUUUAAAAAGAGUGAAGAGAAUUUCAAGUAUAGAAUGCCUUUGAACCUUUCAACAAUUAUCAAAUGGAUUUUCAAUAGUGAUUUUACUUUUAAUGGAUUUUAGUUUUAAUGGAAAAACUCUUGGAAAACUAUCAUAAUGACACAUGAUCAAAUUCUGAUUCUCAAAGAUUAUUUGGAUGGAAAAGUCACGUAUUGUAAUUUAGCCAAAAUUUACAAUAUUAUCCAAUGUGAGAGAACUGGAUAUUCUAGUAAAGUAAAUUUAUUACUAAAAAAUAGGUUCAUUUGACUUAUUGUUGUGCAAAUCAAAAAAAGUAUUAUAUGUAAAUAUUUCCAAUUUCUGAUUUAAAUUCAUAGGUAUUUCUCUUUUAUUAAGUAGGAAUAUAUAAAAUUAGUAUAAAUAAUUAACUUAAAUCAUCCAAACAUUCUUAAAUAUGAAGAAUAUUUUGUUGAAGAUAAGAAUUUGUAUGUUGUAACAAGUAUUUUAAAUGGGAAAACGUUAAAAGAAAGAUUAAGUAGUCAGUAUAGAAUGGAACCUUAAGAAAUUAUUGUCACUCUUAAAACUUUACUUAAGUUUAUAAAUGAUAUGAAUAAGUUAGGAUAUGUUUUUAGAGAUAUUAAUUCAACAAAUAUCUUUCUAAAAAAUGACGGAAAUAUACUAAUUAUAGAUUUUGAAACUGUUGUAAAAAUUGAAGAAGCUUUUAGAACCAAAGCUGUUUCGAAAGAAAAAGAUUUUUUACAUGAUUUUAAAGAUUUGAGUAAAAGUAACGAAGAAGAUUGGAUAGAAAUUGAAAAAUUUUAUUAUGAACAACAUGAUGUUUUGAUUUUAGGCUAAUUAUUAAAAGAAAUGUAUUAUGAAUUUCCAUUUUAGGUUAACUAAUAAAGUAUAAUAAACAAAUUCUACAGAAAGGACAAGGUAGCUUACUAUCACUAAGACUACAAUUGUUAAAAGAUCACCAAAAUAUUAUAUUUAUUAACUUUUAUAAAGAAUGUUAGAACCAGAUCCAAAAGUUAGAAUUACAACUUAGAAUGCCAUUUAUUUUUUAGAAGAUAUUGAUUUUGGAGAUGAAAGUUAUGAAGAUCUUCCUAAUGAUACAUAUGAAGAUUAAAAUUUUUAAGCUGUGAAAUCAAUCUCAAUAAAGACAUUCCUCGUUUGAG